UUCUGAGCACAAAAUUAUUCAACUAGACCCUCUUCACAGACUGCUGCAGAAAACUGCUGAAUUGUGAAGGUCUUUUGUGAGGUUGAUACAGUGAUGAAUUCCAGGAUGGCGAUACGUGUGAUUGUGUUUCUAACACUUACUGGACUGUACGUCGCUGAUUCCAAAGGGAAUCUUGCUCUUAAUGCCAAGGCUGUGCAGUCCUCCACAUACCCACUGGGAGAUGCAGAACAUGCAGUAGAUGGAGACAGAGAUUCAAAUUACAGGAAGGGCUCAUGCUCUCAGACUAAAGCCGAGUUUAAUCCAUGGUGGAGAGUUGACCUUGGAAAUGUCUACAGUGUAAGCAACGUUACCAUCACUAAUCUUGGAGACUGUUGCAGAGAGCGGCUUAUGGGAGCUCAGAUUCGUAUUGGUAACAGUCUGGCCAACAACGGAAACAACAAUGCGCUGGUUGCAACUCUUCUCACUAUUAUUAAUGGCACAGAAACAUUUUCGUUUGAGUCUAUUAAUGGCCGAUAUGUCAACAUUUAUUUACCUGGGAAUGAUGAAGUCCUUACUCUGUGUGAAGUCGAGGUGUUUGCAGAUAAGUCCACACCACUGUACGUUUGUGUUCCAAAGAAUCUUGCUCUUGGAGCCACAGCUGUGCAGUCUUCCAUAAAUGACAUAGGAGUUGCUCAAAAGGCUGUCGAUGGCAACAAGGAUUCACUUUAUAAUCUUGGGUCAUGCAUUCAUACUAAAGCGGACAGGGAACCCUGGUGGAGAGUUGACUUGCUGGAAGUCUUUGAGAUAACCAGGGUUGUCAUCACUAAUCGUGGAGAUUGUUGUGAAGAGAGAAUGAAUGGUGCUCAGAUCCGUAUCGGCAACAGCCUGGAAAAUAAUGGCAACAAUAAUGAGCUGGCUGCGACUGUUGUGUCCAUCCAACGUGGAGAGACAAAAACAUUCAAGUUUAAGCCUAUUAAGGGACGAUAUGUCAACAUUUUUGUACCUGGGCGCAAUGAAUUCCUCCUGUUCUGUGAGGUUGAGGUGUAUGAAGAUUAAGUGGAAUGAGAUGAUGUUACACCACAGUCCACUGAUCCUAUAAGCAAAAUACCAAACUACUGUUUUCUGAGCAAUACUAAUAUUGCACUUUUUUCCAUUGUUUUCAUUUUACCUGUGCACCUUUUAUUCUUAAGAUAAAAGAUAAGUUUCAGUGCACAUUCAGUAAAGGUUUGAAAUGGUUUUUAAAAUGCACCUGAUUCUUAACCGCAGCUGAUCCAGGGGGUUGUGUAUUUACCCAUCUUUGUUUAUCUUUACUUUCUACAUGAAUAAAUUACUUCAGCAUUG